CAAGCAGCUGAGCAGGUCAAGAACCUGCAGCAGCAGCCAACUGAUGACGAACUCAAGGAAAUCUAUUCUCUCUACAAGCAGGCAACAGUUGGUGAUAUUAACACAGAGAGGCCAGGCAUGUUGGACUUCAAAGGAAAGGCAAAGUGGGAUGCCUGGAGCAGUAAGAAGGGUAUGUCCAAGGAGGCAGCCAUGGAGGCGUACGUGGCAAAGGCUGAACAGCUGAUCAGUACCUAUGGCCUUAAGGCAUAAAUAUAUCAUUGUGUGUGACCAAUGCAUAUUUACAUUACAUCAGUAUUUUCUUUUUUUUUCUUUUUCUCAAAAUGAUUUUAAAGUAAUAUUGGUAUCACUCGCCUUCCUUUCCUUAAAUCUUUUCUGCUGUAGGGUUAUUUAAAAAAAAAACAUGUUCUAAUACUCAACAUGUUGUCUUAGUGAAUUUGUAUUUUGAUACCAGUGAAAAUAAAAAGGCAGAUCUA